UGGCAGGACGAUGCCAGUGCUCGGCCCCCAGAGGCCCCUGCUGAGUCCCCUCAACUCCACGUCCCCAGCCACCCCCCGCCUCGGGCUGGCCACCAACCAGACGGGGCCCCAGUGCCUGGAGGUGUCCGUUCCCGAAGGGCUGUUCCUCAGCUUGGGGCUGGUGAGUCUCGUGGAGAACGUGCUGGUGGUGGCCGCCAUCAUCAAGAACCGCAACCUGCACUCGCCCAUGUACUACUUCGUCUGCUGCCUGGCCGUGUCCGACCUGCUUGUGAGCGUCAGCAACGUGCUGGAGACGACCGUCAUGCUGCUGCUGGAGGCCGGCGCCCUGGCCCCUCGGGCUGCCGUGGUGCAGCAGCUGGACGACGUCAUUGAUGUGCUCAUCUGCAGCUCCAUGGUGUCCAGCCUCUGCUUCCUGGGCGCCAUCGCCGUGGACCGCUACAUCUCCAUCUUCUACGCCCUGCGGUACCACAGCCUCGUGACACUGCCCAGGGCGUGGCGGGCCAUCGCGGCCGUCUGGGUGGCCAGCGUCCUCGCCAGCACCCUCUUCAUCGCCUACUACAACCACGCGGCCGUCCUCCUCUGUCUCGUGAGCUUCUUCGUAGCCAUGCUGGCGCUCAUGGCCGUGCUCUACGUCCACAUGCUGGCCCGGGCGUGCCAGCACGCCCGGGGCAUUGCCCGGCUCCACAAGAGGCGGCGCUCCACCCAGCAGGGCUUCGGCCUCAAGGGCGCGGCCACCCUCACCAUCCUGCUGGGCACCUUCCUCCUCUGCUGGGGCCCGUUCUUCCUCCACCUCUCGCUCAUCGUCCUCUGCCCUCAGCACCCCACCUGUGGCUGCGUCUUCCAGAACUUCCACCUCUUCCUCACCCUCAUCGUCUGCAACGCCGUCGUGGACCCUCUCAUCUAUGCCUUCCGCAGCCAGGAGCUCCGGAAGACGCUCCAAGAGGUGCUGCAGGGCUCCUGGGCUCCACCACCAGCCCCGGCCCCAGCGCGUCCGCCUGCGUCCCGCAGCCGCCCGCCACACGCACCGAGCAUGAGGGAGAUCGUGCACAUCCAGGCCGGCCAGUGCGGCAACCAGAUCGGGGCCAAGUUCUGGGAGGUCAUCAGCGACGAGCACGGGAUAGACCCCAGUGGCAAUUAUGUGGGGGACUCGGACCUGCAGCUGGAGCGCAUCAGCGUCUACUACAACGAGGCCUCUUCUCACAAGUAUGUGCCUCGGGCCAUCCUGGUGGACCUGGAGCCUGGAACCAUGGACAGCGUCCGGUCUGGGGCCUUCGGGCACCUCUUCAGGCCUGACAACUUCAUCUUCGGUCAGAGUGGGGCCGGCAACAACUGGGCCAAGGGCCACUACACGGAGGGUGCCGAGCUGGUGGACUCGGUCCUGGACGUGGUGCGGAAGGAGUGUGAGAAUUGCGACUGCCUGCAGGGCUUCCAGCUGACCCACUCGCUGGGGGGCGGCACGGGCUCGGGCAUGGGCACCCUCCUCAUCAGCAAGGUCCGCGAGGAGUACCCCGACCGCAUCAUGAACACCUUCAGCGUGGUGCCCUCGCCCAAGGUGUCGGACACGGUGGUGGAGCCCUACAACGCCACGCUGUCCAUCCACCAGCUGGUGGAGAACACGGACGAGACCUACUGCAUCGACAACGAGGCGCUGUAUGACAUCUGCUUCCGCACCCUCAAGCUGGCCACGCCCACCUACGGGGACCUCAACCACCUGGUGUCGGCCACCAUGAGCGGGGUCACCACCUCCCUGCGCUUCCCGGGCCAGCUCAACGCCGACCUGCGCAAGCUGGCCGUGAACAUGGUGCCCUUCCCGCGCCUGCACUUCUUCAUGCCCGGCUUCGCCCCGCUCACCGCCCGCGGCAGCCAGCAGUACCGGGCGCUGACGGUGCCCGAGCUCACCCAGCAGAUGUUUGACGCCAAGAACAUGAUGGCCGCCUGCGACCCGCGCCACGGCCGCUACCUGACCGUGGCCACCGUCUUCCGGGGCCGCAUGUCCAUGAAGGAGGUGGACGAGCAGAUGCUGGCCAUCCAGAGCAAGAACAGCAGCUACUUCGUGGAGUGGAUCCCCAACAACGUGAAGGUGGCUGUGUGCGACAUCCCGCCCCGCGGGCUCAAGAUGUCCUCCACCUUCAUCGGGAACAGCACGGCCAUCCAGGAGCUGUUCAAGCGCAUCUCAGAGCAGUUCACGGCCAUGUUCCGCCGCAAGGCCUUCCUGCACUGGUACACGGGCGAGGGCAUGGACGAGAUGGAGUUCACGGAGGCCGAGAGCAACAUGAACGACCUGGUGUCCGAGUACCAGCAGUACCAGGACGCCACGGCCGAGGAGGAGGGCGAGAUGUAUGAAGACGACGAGGAGGAAUCCGAGGCCCAGGGCCCCAAGUGAAGCAGCCGAGGGGGUGGGACGCGGCCGCGGCCGGGACCGAGAGGCCUGUCCCCUGAGCCAUGUAGCCACUGACACACCCCUGCCCUUUCCCCCACCAGGCCCGCUCAUGUCACCCUAGGGCUCCCAAGUAUGUGUCCUUUAGUAUUUACAGCAUCCCCGCCCUGUGUGAGUCUUCUCAGCUGUCUUCCG